UUUUGAUUUACAAAGAGGGGAAAGGUCAAAUCAAUGGAUGGAAGGUGGUACCCGGACCGGGAGGUAGACGACGUGGCCGAUCGAUGACAUCGACGCCCCGCUCCACUCGCCUGGCACCCUUCCAAUCCGUCUCCUCCUCCCCCUCCCCUGCCGCGACUCCUGUCGCCUUCACUCCCCGCCGCUCCAACUCGCACCCCGCUGCCCGCCUCCGCCUCCGCUGCUGCUGCUCCACCGGCGAUUCAGCGGCGAUGGUGAAGGCCAUCAGGGUCCACGAGCUCGGCGGCCCCGAGGCGCUGCGGUGGGAGGAGGUGGAGGUGGGCGAGCCCGGGGACGGCGAGAUCCGGAUCCGGAACACCGCCAUCGGCGUCAACUUCAUCGACGUCUACUUCCGCAAGGGCGUCUACCCCGCUCCCCUCCCCUUCACCCCCGGUAUGGAAGCUGUUGGUGUGGUGACCGCUGUAGGGCCUGGCCUGACCGGCAGGAAAGUCGGGGAUGUUGUCGCGUACGCAGGCAAGCCUAUGGGUUCUUAUGCUGAAGAGCAGAUUAUUCCAGCCGAUGUUGCUGUUCCUGUCCCACCUUCAGUAAAUCACAAGACAGCGGCUGCCAUCAUGCUCAAGGGGAUGACUGUUCAUAUGCUAGUUCGCCGCAUAUUUAAGGUUGAGACCGGCCAUACCGUUCUCGUCCACGCUGCUGCUGGUGGAGUUGGAUCACUCCUUUGUCAAUGGGCAAACGCCCUUGGUGCCACUGUCAUUGGAACUGUUUCAAAUGAAGAGAAAGCCUCACAUGCACAUUUUGAUGGAUGUCACCAUGUGAUCAUCUACACAAAGGAAGAUGUUGCAACCAGAGUCAAGGAGAUUACAGGUGGAAAAGGUGUAAAUGUGGUCUAUGAUUCUGUUGGAAAGGACACAUACAAGGCAUCCUUGGAGUGCCUGGCGUCCCGUGGUUUCCUGGUGUCGUUCGGGCAAUCCUCGGGCUCGCCUGACCCGAUCUCCAUGGGCGACCUGGCGGCGAAGUCGCUUUUCCUGACGAGGCCAAGCGUGAUGCACUACACAGGCACCCGUGACGAGCUGCUUGAGGCGGCGGGCGAGGUGUUUGCCAACGUGGCCAACGGGGUGCUGCACACCCGCGUGAAGCACACCUACCCGCUGUCCGAGGCGGCCCGCGCCCACGCCGACCUCGAGGCCCGGAAGACCUCAGGCUCCGUACUGCUGAUCCCGUAGAACUAAGCACCAUCUUCCUUUCCAGUAGGAGAAGAAUGAAUGAAUAAACAGGGACUAGGCGAUGUAUGGGCUCUGGAAUUACGAAUGCCUGUGAAUAUGUUGGCAGGAGUUGGCAUCUGAACACCGAAUCCUCUGUCAGUCUGUCUCACCUGGUUAUGUUGGAUUCAGUAUGAAUGAAUGUUUGGUGGUUAUGAGUUGAA